AUGGCCCAUAUUCACUCUUCUUUUUGUGGCUGCUCUUGGGUCUCCAAAUUCAUUCAAAAAGAACAGGAUCGAGUCACACCUUCGCCAAACCAUAUCACGGCUUGGCUCAACACUCUCUCCGACACUCCUACUCUUCCCGAACGCACUGCACAACCUUUCGGCAGUCAAGUCAGGAAGAUGAACUCUGAAGGCCACAACUCGGCUUUUAGCCAAUACCCCGUCUUCGGACAUCCUCAACUCGCCACCUCCUACAACGCUUCCGUCGACGUACCCAUGGUCGACUCUCACACUUUCACCUUCUUCUCGCCGGGGAUACAGGUCAACUUCCCCAUGACCACCUCCGAAUCCGACUCCGACAUGUCCUCUUCUCGUUCUCUGGUGGGAUCAAGACGCUCGUCCCACCUUAACUCUAAACACACGUCGCGUCGCCAUGGGAUCCUCGGUAUGGGCCGAGGCCGCAGGCCGAAUUGUAGUUUUGUUAUGGACUACGAGAAGAAGAAGACACUCCGACGAGUGAUCAGAGUGGAGGAUAUGCCCAAACCUCCCCCUGCAAAGCCAGCUGAGCAUCAUCACAGCGCUUGUGGGUGUUCUCCUAGGUCUGUCGUGAAGAAGAAUCGGGAGGUCCUUCGUCUAGAGGGUAUCCUCCUAAAUAUGAAUUCGUGGGGAGAUCUCAAGUCCCCGUCAGACAAAGCCUAUGACUUUGGCCUUCCGGUGUUUCCCCCUCUAGUGCCCAAGCAUCGGAAAAGGAGACCCGUCAAGUCGUGUCUCAAGAAGGUAGCUACCGUCAAGUUCUGCGGCGACCCAGAUUCCGGUGACAGUGACAGUGAUUGCUCAUCGGUUUCUUCCGACGAUAGCGACACUGACAGCAUUUGUCACUCGUUUGACGGGGACAAUGCUUCCAGAACUGGGAGGGUGUCAAGGUUUGUCGAGAAGAAGGUCAAGUCUGUCCACUUUGGCAGUACACGUUGCAUCCGGACAGGUCAGGGCAUGGCCCCAACUCCCAGGACCCCCGAGAAUGAUUCGCGGAAGGAACGGUACAAGGCCAGGCAAAUGAUGGAGAACAAGUACCGCAAGAUGUUGGCCCACGACGAAAAUGAGGCUGCCAACACCGAGCAGCCUCCAUCUAUAGCCUUCAUCCGGCAAGAUGAGGAAGUUGAGCGGUGUCUUGCAAGGGCCGAAGACAUCUCUCGGGCCAACGAGCGGGCUGCAAUUGGGCGUGGUGCCCUCGACUUUUUCAUCUUCGUGUGUCGCGACAAGAACUCCACCGGCAACCAGAUCUGUGAACACCUGGUUGACCGGCUUGUCAAGCACCGUGGCAAUCUCUCCAUCGUAGGUAGUUACCACGGCGAGGAGAGGAAGUUCGCAAACCCGGGGACAUCAAAUGUCUCCCCUGUGCCGGCGCACUUGUACCGCGACUGUCGAAGUUCCAUGUCUUGGGUCGGGACGGAGAAGGAGGAUAAGGUGGACAAGAUGGACACGAGUUUGUGA